AGAGGUCUCCCAUAGCCGCCCGCGCCACUAGUCCACUAGAGUAGAACAGAGUGCCGAGCCAACUUCGCCCAAGAGCCAAGAAGCUUCCGAGCUCCCUCAGUUCCCCCACGAGAAACACCCUUCCGCUGAAGAUCAAGCUGCAGCGGCGAGCGAUGGCUCUAGCCCGGAGGUUCCUGUUCCUCUUCCCUGCCGCCGUCCUGACAUGGCUCGCCUCGGCCUCCGCGUCGCCCUUUCUGUCGGACAGAGUAUUCCAGGCCAGCACCGGAUCCACGGGGAGGAGCUUGCUGCAGACCAAGAGGGACUGCCCUAUAGACUUUGAGUACCAGAACUACACAAUCAUCACAAGCAGGUGCAAAGGGCCACAAUCGCCCCCUACGGAAUGUUGUGAUGCUUUCAAGAAAUUUGCAUGCCCAUUUGCCGUGUACAUCAACAACCAGAGCACUAACUGUGCAGACACAAUGUUAACCUACAUCAACGGCCGUGGCUCAUACCCAGCAGGAAUGUUCGCUGCCGAGUGCCUAAAAGGGAAGCAAGGGGUUUCUUGCGAAGGCAUCCCAGGGAUAGACACCGGCGUGCCAAGCGGCGGGCGACGAGCUCACGGGAUUUCAGGUCGUUUGAUCGCUCUCUUGUGUGGACUAGGAGGAUUGCUGUUCCAUUGAGUGAUACCUUGCACUUCUCCAAAGAUGGAAUGUUUGUCGGUUGGAAGUUGUAAGUAGUAAGGCUCAUUUGCUUCUCCUUGACGCUCUCUUGGUGUAGUGACUGGACAAUUGGCUUUUCCAAGCGAUAUCUCUUCAGAAACUCCUUAAUACUUGACUAACACCUCUUAAAAAUGCAUUUGGUUACUAUUCCGAAUAUUCCAUUGA